CGGAUAGGCGCAUUUCGACGAAACGAUUCUACGGAAUAUACGUGCAGAACUAUAACCAGGUGGCAGCCGGAAUUAAAGCGAUCAACUAACGGAAACGUUUGUGCUCAUCGUCACUUGUAACUUGCUGCAGUCUCCAGCCGACGAAGCAAGGGAAAGAGAGAUAGCAGGGAGGGAAACAAUCUCCUUCCGAAAGCUCCGUGGAAAAUGUAUCGUCAGUGAAGAAACUGCGGCAACACGUUGAUUUGUAGUAUUCGAUUUCCUUCCGUGGAUUGCGGUUGGCUAUAGGAGCAGUACAUUUCAUAGUAGGACAACGACGCUGCCGAACGUUUUCGCGAAUAUGAAUAUUAAUCGUUACCAGGUGGCAAAAAAUCUGCAACCAGCACGUUCGUUACGUACCGCACCAAAUGCCGGGCGGAAUGCGCUCGGUGACUUUGGCUAUCCGCCUCAUCUGGUGGACACAUCCACCCAGGCUCGUGCGGGUCACAUGCACAAUGGGAAUCAGCACGGAAAUCUGUCAGCACAAACUCACCAACGAUCGAGCAGUCAGUCGCGCAAACACGAUGUGCUACGUACGCCGACCAAUGGAUCGCACGGUUCCAGCGCGGGCCGAUCAAAUGCUGCAUUCUCUCCGGGAAAUUUAACAUUCAAUGCCAGUACGCUCACAGUCGGCUCUUUGUAUGAGGUGACCGUUUCGUACGUGCAGAAUGGUCCGAAACAGUUCAUGGUGCAGCUACUUUCAGCGGAAGCUGCACUGAAGCAAAUGAUGGUUGCUUUGGCACGGGUGCCGUUACGUUCCAUCAAUCGGAAGCUGCAGCUCGGAAUGGCCUGUUUGGCACGCUAUUCGCACAACCAUACAAUCUAUCGUGCGCUCAUCACAGCGCUAGGUCAGGAUGGUAACUGUACCGUUUCGUACGUCGAUUAUGGCCAUUCGGAAACGGUGCAUCCAAGCAGUUUGUACGAGAUUCCACCUGAGUUCCUGCGUUAUGAGAUCUUCUCAACACGCUUUGCACUCUCAAACGUGCGCCGGCUCGAGGACGUGAAUGCUGAUGUUGCUGGUAUCUUCUCCAAGAUGAUCGCAGGCAAGGUGCUGAAGCUGAAAGUUACUCCCCCGGAGGGUGCAGCAUUCGUGUCGUACUGUGAGCUGUACGAAAAUGGCGAUAAUCUAUUCUUACGUUUGCAAAAACAGUGCCAGGAGCAGGUUUACAAGUAUCUGCCACCGGGAAGUCUGCAACGUGGGUCCAGUUACCGGGUGGUUAUCCGUUACAUUGAAUCUUGCGCGAAAUUUUUCGUCCAUCGUCUGGACAAUGUGGCUACGUUUGAUAAAAUGAUGGAUGAUUUGAUAGUGCAUUAUCAGGGUAGUGGCAGUGUCAUUCCGAGUGUUGUGAACGUUGGCGAUGUGUACGCGGUCAGCCUCGAUCCAAACGAUAUCUAUCGGGCGGAGGUGCUUGAAACGGAUCCUAAAAUUAAGGUGCGUUUGGUCGACUAUGGCACUAGCAUCACGACGCAACGUUUGCAGCUGAAGCGGCUGUCGUCGGAUUUUCUCCAUCAGCGGCCGGAAGCGAUCGAGUGCUGUCUGGAAGGGUUCGAAGGAUCUACCAGCGUUGAUCUGUCUACAGAUCAGCUGGAAAUGCUGGCGGAAGGUGCGGAUCGAGAGCGCAAACCGUUCAAGUUGAUCGUGUGCGACAUACGGGACGGAAAAACGAUCGUAAACCUGCUGGAUGAAUCCGAAACGCCGGUACUGAACGUGUCGAAGAAGCUGCUGAAGUUGAACACACCGGGAAAAUUCUUAAAGGAACCUCAGAGCAAUCCUCAGAAGCAGCAAAACAAACGACUGUCUGGUGGAAGUGCUGCAAGUGGAGUUGAUCCAAUGGGUACGUCAGUCGAUUCAGCCAAAGCGCCUCUUUCGUCCAGUGGCAUUUCGUCUGGCCAUGGAGACUGUAUCGAUUUGACUAACGACGAAUGGAGCGGUGGUCCACCACUGCCGGGAAAUCAAAGUUCGGGGUACGAUUUGCAAACGGGUGGCAAUGUGCAAACUCCUCCGCACAAUAAUCGUUCGGGUGGUGGUGUCGGAUAUGGGCGUGAUAGUAACCAACGUGACCCUUCGACAGGCAACAACAAACAGGAUGCAAAGCGAAAUCCGGGAAUUGCCAACAAUGUAGGAACAACGGCAGGAGUCCGUAAUGACAUUCCAAGGUUCAACAAGGACCGAGUCCAAAUGCCGUACUAUUAUGAACACGAUGAUCGGUUUGCAGAUCCAAAUAGCCCUCCGGCGAAUGUAGGGUUGGCCGGUAAUGAAGCGAAGCGAAACGAACGAAACAGAAUGGACGCUGUAGUGGCUGCUACGGAAAGCAACGCACAAUCUACGGAUGAAUUUAUGCCGUACCGUAGUACCUUUCCGGAGCAUGCAGUAACGAUGAACAGUAAGCUCGAAGUCGUUCUCUCCUGGUGGUACUCGCCGGAACAAUUCUACGUAAGAUUACGAUCGGAUGAGGAUAAGUACCAUGAUAUGAUGAAGCAAUUGCAAAAGUACUAUCGAAACAAGAGCAAUCAGCAACUACAUCAGCAACAGCUGCAACAGCAACAACAAAGCAGCGGAAAGGCCGGGAAACCCUCCACCGGUUCAAUCGUUGUCGUACGUCACCCAAAACACAAUGCGUUCUAUCGCGGCCGUGUGUUAAAGUACAACGAGUCCGUUCAAAAGUAUAAGGUAGAGUUAGUCGACGGUGGUAACAAACUGGCCCUAUCGAUAAACGAUCUGUGGCUAGUGGAGCGUCGCUUUACCCGGCUCGCUCCAAUGGCUGUUCCCUGUGCCCUGCCUGAUGUUAGAUUGCGCUGCGAGGUGAAAGAGCUACAGAACCGCAUCGAUUCGUACAUUAGCAACGACAAACAGUUCGAAACAGUGUUUUUGGAGCGUGUUGACGGCAAGUAUCACUGUGAGGUUCACUCGCUCGGACGUGAUCUCAAGGAGCAUCUACUGGAAGAUGAUCUCAUCGCACAGGUUUAUGUUGACAUAGAUCUCGGCCGUUUGAAGGGACAAACAUUAAAGGUGCAGCUAGUAGAGCUUAAAAGUCUAAACGAUUUUCGCGUGAAAUUGCUCGGACAUCAGGCCAUCUUCAGCUGCCGACAUGAUGGCUGUGAUUCAUCCCUUGUUUCGGUAGAUGCUAUGGUGAAGUUCCGUGAACAAUGGCUCAAUCAGUACUGCUUGGCACAAGUGGUCGAUGUAUCGAAUGAUGAAAAAUUGAUACUGUCUUUGCUGAUACCAUCAUUAACGGGCCAACCUGAGCCAACGAUAACCGAUAUGCCAGUGCUGAUGAGUGCAUUUAACGUGUACGUUACCCACGUAGAAAGCACAAACUGCCUGUAUGUGCAGAAUGCGCGCUGGAAUGAACAAAUCACCAAGAUGGCGAACGAUUUGUUCGAGUUUUACGAAAAGCAGCAAGAGUUAGUGCCGGUGGCGAAUCUGACGAUGAAUGAAGUGUGUGCCGCCAAGUCACAAGACGACGGUAACUGGUAUCGUGUAAAGAUCGUAUCGUUGCAGGAUAUCGAAAAGAUCGAAGUGCUACUGGUAGACUAUGGGUACCGCGAGCAGAUGAAGCACAGUGAGCUGAAGGUUCUUGAACCACAGUUCUUCGAAUACAGUGCGUUUGCCCAUCGAGUAUAUUUACCGAUGACAGCAAUCGUUGACGUGAAAGAGGAGCACAUCAAGACGGAAAUCAGUGGGCUGACCGGAUUGUUCGAGCUGUCGCUUAAAGUGGUCGAGUUUCGAAAUGGAAUCUGGAUCGUGGACAUCACCUCGAAUGACUAUAGCAUUGUGAGCGUGCUGAAGGAUCGACAGUUGGUGGCGGAUUUGGAUUAUGAGACCAUACUCAAUCAGCGCCAAUCAUCGACACCAACACCCGGAGCUCCCGUACGGCCAUCAAUCGAGGAUCAUGAGGCGAAGCAUCAGAAGAUUAAGGCUAGAAUAUGUCACGUCGAUAAUCCGAGCCAGUUAUUUAUUCAGCUUGAAAGUGAUCAAAAAGAUCUAAACCAACUGCAAGAGACUCUUCAAAUCAUUGCAUCGUCCUUACCACCUUUGCGUGACUUUUCUGCCGAUCGUUACUGCAUCGCGCAAUAUUCGGCCGAUGAUCUCUGGUACCGGGCCCUCAUCAUCGACAGUCACGAUGAUCUGAUCAUACAGUUUGUUGACUUUGGUCACACGGACAUCGUGACAAGCAACAAGAAGAGUACACUCCGAGACAUCAACGAUGAUCUGAUGAAGUGGAAAAUUUACGCGAAACAGUGCGCCAUGCUUGUACAACCCAUGUCCCAGGAAGUUGUCAGUGCUGAUGGUGGUUCAGUAGGAAGUGCUAGAGGACGCAAGAAAAUGGCUGCAUGGAAAGAGGUUGCCACCACAAUACUACGUGCGCUGGUUGAGGUUGAGGUACAGUUUCUGGCCGAAGCUCAAGGUGUGCACUACAUCAGUGUGCGUAGCAGUGAGAAGGAUAUUGCCGAGAUGCUGGUGGAGAAAAAGCUGGCCACCCGCUUGCUGUACGUACCUUCCGGUCAGCGAUGCUUUACGAGCCACACAGAAUCGAUUGAUGAGUUCUACCUGCAGCUGGAACGCGAUGUUAAUCCACUCGAUAUGAUGGGCAACUAUUUGGCGGAUGUGAGCCAGUUUACCGAUGUCGACGAUCCGAAGGUGGACCUGAUAUGUCUGGCAGAGUUUGCGGACGAUGGACUGUGGUAUCGAGUGCAGGUAUUGUCCAUACCGCAACCGGGCACAUAUAAGGUACUGUUUGUGGAUUACGGAAAUGGUGCUACGGUGCAGAAGCUGAAACAGCUGGAACCGAGCAUCGCAGAGCUGACGCGACUCUGUACGAAGUGUGCGCUACGGUUGCCGGAAAACGUGAAGAGUUGGUCGGCAGCAGCACAGGAGAAGUUUGUUGAACUGACGGCAAUGGGCCAGACGGUGUUCACCGUACAGCUGCACAGCCCCGGACCAUCGUUUGCUACCGUUGAGCUGUUCCUCGAAGGACGGAAUAUUGUGGACCAGUUGGUUGCGCUGUGCGAAAAAGGACCUGGUUCGUCGAACGACGUGAUGAGUUCCAGUUUCUUCCUGGGUGACGAUAACAGGCUCGAUGAUAGUUACCAGCUAGAAGACGACAAGGUGCACAUUAGCCACGUGAACUCACCGGCUGAGUUUUUCAUCCAAUUCAACAACAGUUUCGAUGCGCUGCGCAACAUGGACGAAUUGCUAGCGGCCAAAGCAAAGCACUGUGAACCGAUCGCUGAGGGUGAUAUAAGAAAUGGGUUGUUCUGUUUGGCGCAGUUACUACACAACGGUAAGUACUGUCGUGCGCUCGUCCUGUCGGAGGUGCACGGUGGGGAGGCCACGUACCAUCUAGUGCUGCUGGUUGACUACGGUUAUCGUGCGGCAGCAACGGAUCUGCGCAAGAUGCCUCCCAGCAUCGAGGAAAUGUCCCGGUUAGCGAAGAAGUGCUGCCUGGAGCACUAUCUGCCAACGGAUGAGGUGACGCUCGGUGCAGCCCGUUGGAGCCGCUUGCGCAGUCGUCUAACGGAACUGGCCGAUUUGGGAAAGGUUGUGUUCACGUUUGAAAUUGUGCGUAACGAUUGCGAUCCACUCAUCAUACGAUUGUUUACGCCCAAUGGCGUUAACGUGGAAGAUCUGUUGCGAGAGAAAGACGUCGACGACAAUGUGGGUGAGGACUCGUUUUGUAAUCUCGUUAUGCCGGAAAACAGCAGCAGCAGUAAGGGAGAAACGAUACGGCGAGCCAAACCGAAACAGGUGUUCUUCAGGGCACACAGUGACCUGGAGUUUCUGGAGAACUGUGAAUCCGCUCCACCAUCGUUGGGUCAGCAGUUAACGAAUGCAGACAAUUGAUGUGCUGUGCGAUGGCAUGCUGUGACAUGCAAAACGACCGUUACCGGGGGGAAAAGACCGAUCAUUCCGUUUCCUGCUUGAAGUUGCAAGAUGCUUCAAACCACCAAGAGGAGAACAGUAAUGAAGGUUUCGUUUUAAGAUUUUUCCCUGCUCACACGGUAACGAUGAAUCGAAAACAACAAUUCUCUACACAUAACAUUAAGAAUCGAAGCCCCGGUAUAAGAGAUUAGUUAUAGAGAUACAAAGUUGUUUUUGUUUUGUUUUUUUUUUUGUGAAUUCACUAUAUGCGCUCAUACGCGUAACGUUGUUUUUGUUUCAUAGGUUAGAUUUUUCCUCUCCUGCUUACUGAAACGAAUUAAUAGACUCGAACGAAUUUAAAUGAACGCAUAUGCAUCCCAAUUUCAAAUCACGACUAUUUAUGCACAUUGUUACCCUAUUACUCACUCACAACACUGAACUAGCUACUCUAUUUACCGCCUGGUUGAGAAUUGUAAAACGUGAUGCAAAAAUGGGAGCAAAAAUGUUAAAAAACAAACAAAAAAGGAACAAUUAAUAUAACAAUUAUUAUGAAUUGUACUCUCAGUGAGUGGAUAGGGGUUAUGUUGAAGUAAGCAAAUUUAUUAACAAUGAAUCGGAAUGGUGCAUACAGGGUUUCGAUUCAUAUAAGGGAACAUUUCAACCGUUUGGUGGAAUUGUGCAGUUCAUUGAGGAAUAUUCUCAAUCGAUGGAGAGAUAUUUGCAAACAUAAAGGGAAAAUGUCUUUUCUUCAAUGUUUAAAGGUAAGCAGAUUCUGCAUUUCUUCACCGAAAACCUUAAACAAAAAAAACCAUCACAACAGGAAAAAGCAUAAAACUAAGCUGGGAAAGCUGAACUCAUUUUUGACUGGUUUGUUCAAAUCGUAUUCGCCUGUUGCUCCUGAAAAUGUUAUGCAUUAUCAGUUGCAAAUAUCUUUGUUUCACCUCUCCUGUUCCCUUACAAAAGCAUGUGUUUGGACAUGUGCGAAGCAUGAAGCGUUGUUGUUAAACUAAUUAACAAUUGUUAAUUAACAAACUAAUUUUCAUAGUAAAAUAAUGCGGAAAUUUAAGCAAACCGUAGACAAUGCAUCCAAAAACAAAGGAAGACAAUUAACAAAUUGAUCUUCAGAGUGUUUUUGGCUAAAUUAUCUUGUAUGUUUGCACAUUUCCCCUUUAUGAUUGCAAAUUUCUUUGGCUUUAGUUACUUAAAAUAUCCCCUAUGAGUUGUAUCCCUCGAACAGUUGAAAUGUUCCCUUAUAUGAUUCGAAACCCUGUAAUGCAACAUAGAACAAAGUGAAAGUGUCUUCGCGAACUACAAACUCAAAUGGAUAGAAAAUGUGCCUUCCAAUAACUCAUACAUCCAGCUACCUCUACACACCAUGAGGCAGCUAAGAGCAUCCAGCCUAAAUAUUCUUUUUUUACAUUACAUAUGUGUCUAGGUCGAUGUUCUCCAUGGGCAGCAUGUUUGGUAGUUGAGAAUAUCUACGUUUUAUUAUGCUACUAUUUUCUACAUUGAACGGCACCAACAUUUUAAAACAAUGACAAUUGUAAAAAUGUUCAAGAAGAAGUGCCUUACAACAGGGGAUGUUUCAAACGAGAACUAAAUUUCCCCAACUACCGCUCUCCUUUUCAACUGUCGUUGCAGCAUUGCGGUGCAUAAAAUAAGCUAUAUCCAGUAGGCAUCUGGACUACUCUGUCCGAAACGAUAUAAGCAAACCAUCGUGAAAAAGAUGAAUGAUGCGUAAAACGCACUAAACGCAAAUUAAAUAGUUUAGCAAUCGCUCGUUACAAUUAUAAUCAGCAACUAUUGUACUAAACCACGUCCAAAAAAACGAAAAUAAAGUUAUCUAUAUAUAAACGUUU